CGACAGACAUGAGCAGCGGCAACGUGGAGGAGCAUCAGGCUGCGGCCAUGGAAGCCACGAUAGAGAAGCCAUCGAAGGAUCCGGUGGUGGUGAACACCAGCUUCAGCGAGGAGCAGGAGGCGCUGGUGCUGAGCGCGUGGGACGCCAUGAAGGCGGACUCCGCCGCCAUCGCGCUUAAGUUUUUCCUCAGGAUCUUCGAGAUUGCGCCGGCGGCGAAGCCAAUGUUCCCGUUCCUGCGCGACGCUGGCGAGGACGCGCCCCUGGAGAGCCACCCGAAGCUCAAGGCCCACGCCGUCACCGUCUUCGUCAUGGCCUGUGAGUCGGCCACGCAGCUGCGGAAGACCGGCGACGUGAAGGUGAGGGAGGCCACGCUGAGGCGGCUCGGCGCCACCCACGUGAAGGCCGGUGUCGCCGACGCGCACUUCGAGGUGGUGAAGACGGCGCUUCUGGACACCAUCGAGGGCGCGGUCCCGGACAUCUGGACGCCCGAGAUGAAGGGCGCGUGGGAGGAGGCCUACGACCAACUCGCCGCCGCCAUCAAAGAGGAGAUGAAGCUCGCUGCCUCGGCUUGAUGCGCCAUGCGUGCCUGCAAGGGAUACUCUGACUCCGCGACGAGGCGACCGAUGUGUGUGUACUGGUAGUCUGAAAUACUGGAUUGUCCGUGGAUUGUGGAGGAUUAGGCUAAUUUGUCAACCGUUGUUGUCGUUGAUGAAUACUGAAAAAGACUUCUGCAAAAUUA